AAAUCAAAACAGUAAACUCUGACUCUCAAGAAGUGCAAAAAUGGCGAACAAGAUCGUGACUCUGACUCUGACUCUGGGCGUGGUGAUUCUGCUACUGUCACUCCCCGGCGGCGUCAAACCCGUCCACUGCAUCUCUAGCGGCGACAUGGAGUCGAUGCUUUCCGCCUUGAGAGCCCGCGGCUACAACCUCUUCUCCAACGCCAUCGCCACCUCCGACCUCCAGUUAGACCUCCUCUGCACCCACUCCAACUCCAACUCCAACGACAACGCUUCCAACGACAACGACGACUACUUCUUCACCAUUUUCGCUCCCACCGACUCCGCUCUCUUCGCUCUCGACAUGACUCAAACGGCGCCGUUUUUCACCGACACGCUCCGCCUCCACGUCGUCCCUAGGCGGCUCUCCUUCUCUCAGCUCCAGCGGCUUUCCUCCGCUAACCUCCGUACUCUCCUCCCCUCGCGUGAUCUCCACGUCACCACCAGGCAUCUUUCUCCUCCUCCUCCUCGUCGGAAUCAUCAUAAUCGUCGCCGCCGUGUCGUUGUCGUCUCCGUCGACGAAAUCGAAGUCGUUUUUCCGGGAGUGUACUACGGCCGAUACGUCGCCGUUCACGGCCUCAACGGAAUUCUCACUCUCCGUGGACCUCCUCAGUACUCUUCCUCGUCUCCGGUCAGUUCGGUUCUCCCUCAGCGAACCAACGUUUGCUCCAACAGUAACCGUACUGCGCCGCCGCCGCCGCCGCCACAACAACCACCGCAAGACUUUUGCGGUUAUUCUCCGGCGAAUUCGCCUUCGUAUCUUGGCGUUUCGCCAGGUCUUGCUCCGACGAUCCAGUCACCGGAGAGUGAGAAUACAGCGUCGCCUUCUCCGUCGAUCGGCAAUUAUGGUCAGGAUGAUCAAGAUCAUCAACUCGGAGAAUUAUAUGGUCCAUUGGAUGGUGAGAUUUUGGAGCCCAGCCACGUCAGCGGGUCGGAGUUGUUAUUCUUUGAAUCACGCACAUAAUGUGGGUCCUACGUCCUACGUGGAUAACACGAGCAUUCUUUUCUUCCUUUGGUUUUGUAUUUUUGGAUUUCGCAAUUUCAGAUUUUAGAAAUGAAAACGGAGACAUGUUUUGUUUCGUGUACGUAUCCAAUCUGAUCCCCUGUAAUUUUCACCUAUGAUUUACUUGUUAGUUUCUUCUA